AAUCCUCCUCUUCCUCCGAUUGAUGAUGACCAUAUUUGGGAUCACCACACGACCAUUUCCAUCCAACAUUCCCAUUAAAAUAAAUUAACAAACUUUUUUACCCCCAUCUCUCCCUUCUCCAUUACAAUAACAAACUUUUUUUACCACAAUCUUUUUAACCUUUUUGUCAACAAAUAAAUUACAUUACAUACAUUGGAUAAAGAAAAACUGAUGAUUUUUCUAAGUUAAAUUUUUGCAUACAUAACCAACCAACCCAUCCAUCAUUUCUUUCUGGGUUCCCUUUCUUUUUUACAGAGAUUUUGAGGCAACAUGGGUGGUAGUGACGAUAAAGAAAUACCUCCAUCUGGUUCCACAGCUCAUGAUGAUGCAUCUGAAUCAUCUUGUUAUGCAACUGAAGAUGAAGAAGACACCCAAAUACAUUUGGGUCCCAAGAUUAGUAUCAGGGAGCAUCUUGAGAAGGACAAGGAUGAUGAGAGCUUAAGGAGGUGGAAAGAGCAGCUGCUUGGAAGUGUUGAUGUCACUCAGGCUGAAGAAGUUCAAGAACCAGAUGUGAAGAUACUGAGUCUUACCAUCGUCUCUCCUGAUAGACCUGACAUUGUUCUUGAAAUACCUGAUUCUGGAAACACGGGAAAAGGCCCCUGGUUUACCCUAAAAGAAGGUAGCAAAUAUAGUUUGAAAUUCUCAGUCAAGGUCAGCAACGACAUAGUUUGUGGACUCAAGUACACCAACAAUGUUUGGAAAACUGGCCUCAAGGUCGACAGCUCAAAAGAGAUGCUUGGGACCUUCAGCCCUCAACCAGAACCAUAUAUACAUGUAAUGCCCGAAGAAGUCACUCCUUCCGGUAUGUUUGCUAGAGGAAAUUAUUCUGCGAAAACCAAGUUUGUUGAUGACGAUAACAAGUGUUACUUGGAGCUUAACUACACUUUUGACAUCCAGAAAGAUUGGGCCAAGUAGAUCAAGAUCGCGCCUUUAUUGCAUACCAUUUUAUGGCCAUAACAGAAUUCCUUUUUCAUGGGUAUUCUUUCUUUAGGAAUUUUUUUGGCUAGUCUGAUGUUACAAUCGCAAGUUUUUCAUUGUCUUUAUGGAGAUCGCUGUGUUUGCUGUUAGACUAUGCAUUUACAAGGUGCAAAUGCGUUUAUUGGUUUAUUUGAUUUCUGCAAUACAUGUAGCUGGGUUUUCAAAAUUUUAA